AUGCCAGUGCAUGUUACAAUGUCUACAGCCGCUGUUCGCACUGAGGUGAUGUCGGAGUAUUUCCGGAAGUUGAUCAGGCUUGCCUGCUUGAAGGGAAAAGAGAAGGACCUAAAUGGGCGACCCCUCUCGUGGCGGGAUCCGCCACCGGCGGCUCACAUCCGCUUUCGCUGUGCAAAGCUUCACCGCGUCAGCGACGGGAAGGAAAACGAAUACAACACGAUCUAUGACGUGCUGAAGUCGCGGGGCUGGAAGGAGACAGAUGUCGAUUCGGAUUGGAUCCAUUCUGUUUUCGACAAGAUGCACCUGGACCCGGGUCGGUUGAACAUGAAGAGGAUGAAGCGGCAGUGUGAGAAGGAGGGGCGACUAGCGGAAGCGGCCCGCUACAACAUUUGCCCGAUCACCUUCGUGGUUCCACAGGACGAGUGCUCGGUAGGGUUUAGGGCUUAUAGAGAUGCUUAG